AGGGAAUGAAGUAAACGCUCAAUAUUCGAAAAGUGUAAGUAGUUAUCACAAUUCGUCCCCAGCAUUCUCUUGUGCUGAGUGAAGAUUUUCUUAACAGAUAUUCAGUGUCAUAAAAUCGUUGAAUUGAAAUGUUUAUUCAAACAAUACCGUAAAUGAAGAAUAUUGAGAAGGGAAGAAUUUGGAAUCGUGCACUUUUAAAUCUAAUGUUUAGCUCACAGCACGUUGAUUAAUGGAAACUACUGUAGAAAGUGCUAUAGAUGCAACAGUUAGAAUACUUGAUCACAUGUUAAAAUAUUCAUCAAGAGCUGACUAUGCAUCUGAUGAGUUCAAAGAAUUGACAAAACUUUUUGUUAAGAGCUACUUCGCCGUUGAAAGUCCAAAACACGUUGCAGAUAGUUAUAGGCUAUGGAUUGCAUGCAACGUGUUGUCCAGUGAAAAGUACGCUUGUGGAGUAGCUAAGAUAUUUGUGGACUUGGGAAAUCUGGCUCUUUGUCCCCAACACGAAGGACGUCCAUCAAUAGAUGAAAAGUAUGUUACUCUCCUAGCAAGUCUGCAGUCAACACUAUGCAACUACGUUGAGUUGAGCAUAAGCUUAGCAGAAGCGAUGUGUGUUCAAAAAGCUUAUAUGGGGGAAAUAUCGCGCAUAUUAUCAUUCUGCGCAAAGUAUAUUGGGAGCGAGUUGGAGAGAAAAAUCACAUUCAUAGCUGAAGUGAUCAUAAAGAGUUUGUACAACUUCUCAUGUCACGAUAGCAUUCUUGUAGUGAAUGCUUUCCGAAAUCUGCAUUUGACUGACUUAGUAUUAAGUUUUACUUUUAGUAAAAAUAAGGAUCUGCAAAUUGCAUCCUACAUGUUCUUGACAUAUAUUUACGGAGAGGAUGAUCAAAGUACACAUGUAGUAGAGUUUUUCACCUUUUCUCUACUGCCAAACAUUACAGUACAUUCAGACAGAGUGCAUGGAUACAAAUGUGAAGAAAUCCUUAAAGGUUUAAGGCUUCUGGCAUCAAAUGAAAAAAACCUGGAGUCCUCAUCCUAUUAUACAGUCCUGCAAUACUUGAAACUGUUUCUGAAUUCUUUCAAAGGGAAAGCAUUAGAAGAAACUAUACUCAUCCUGUGGAUUUUAUCAUUCAGUCCUGGCAUUAAAAAUGAAAUAAACAAAGAAUUUAAAGAUGACAUAAAAAAUCUAGCUGUGUCUAUGAAACAAAAGCAGUCUGAGUAUUCUAUAGAAUCGCUGAAAGCAAUUUAUGGGCUUUUAUGGCAGCUAAACGAAGAUGACAUUUCAGUAAAAUCUGUGCCCAAAGUAAAUUCCGUUGCUUCACCUGAUGAACAUAUUAUGGUUAGCUAUAGUCAUAAGGAGAAGGAUAUGGCCGUAGAAUUGAUUAAGCAUUUGAAAGAAAAAGGUUACAAGUGUUUUCUUUUUCUUCUUCUGCUUCUUCUUCAGGUGUGGAUUGAUGCAGAGGAUAUGAAAAAUACUGAUAAUAUACUAGAUGGUAUGGCUGAAGCAGUGGAAAAAGCCUAUGUUGUAUGUGUCCUGUUUUCUGAGAAUUAUAAAAGAAGUCCUUAUACAAAACGUGAAAUAGAAUAUGCAUUUAAAUUGGGUAAACCAUUAAUUUUUCUACGCGCUCAACCAGACUACAAACCUGAUAGUUGGCUAGGCCUUAUGUUAGGCACACAGGUAUAUAUUGAUAUCUCGGGAAAGUAUCCCUUUGAAAAGUAUUUUGGCGAUCUGUGCAGAAGACUUGACAAAUAUCUUCCAAAAACAGGAAUAGACUGCAUUUCGACACAAUCGUCUUCUGCGAAUGAAAGCAAAGGCUGAAUUCUUGUUAUAACCCAUUGAUGUACACACUGAAUGGAAUCCAAGUAUAACAGUUCCUAUGCGUUUACAGAAUUUAAUUGGAGCAUUUUAACUGUGUAUGUACUCACUGGAAUCUUGCAUUUUCUAAAACCAUGAACGUUGAAUUUGUUCACAUGGUCAUUUUCUCUGAGCAUCACUUUACAUAUUUCUAUUUCUUUAUUCGAUAUGCUUGUAUAUAUGAAAAAAAGAAACAUUUUUUAAAGAGAUUUUAACAGAUUUUAACAUUAAUUUCCUUCUUUCUUUUUUAAAUAUGGCAAACAUUUUUCCAGGUGGCCAACUAUAUUACUUAUAUUACACUAUACUACUUAUUUCUUUAUUAGAUGGAGAUAUCCACACACACAACAUCUUAUUGACUUUUAUUUGGUUUUCUUUUAAGCUGUUCAUUAUUGCUAUUUAUUU